AUGGGUAAUUUGUGCUAAUGCCAAAAACCAGAACUCUAACUCGAUCACUAAGAAGUUAAUACACAACACUCUAAAGUACGACAGGAAUCUGUUGAUAAUGAUAAUAUCUUCAGUGAAUUAAUCCAAUAGCAUAGUUCAUUGUAUCAAUAUUAAAAUGGCCUCACACUUACAUCCACUAAGCCAUUGUCUCCAAGAUCAUAACAUUAAAUUGUAUUUUUAGAACCAAAAGAUUUGUUCGAUGAAAGGAUAAAUUAUCAACCCAUAAUUCUACAAGGAAUUUUGGCUUCUAAAAGCGACCAGCAAGAAUUUAUAUAUGAAUCUCCACAGCCUGAAGCAAAUGGAAAAGAAAAGAUCAAAAAAAAAGUAAACUUUUUAAAGUGA